AUGGCUUCAUUCUGGGCAUCCAUGAACUCCACCUCAAGUACCAAUUCCGAACCAACAUGGGGCUUUGGGAGCCUGCGGACUGACCUUGAUGCUCCCACCUCCUCUUCGAACGCACCUGCAACCCCAUCCUUGUCUAAUCCACUCGGUCCCGAAACAGCGCCACCUGGUACCGCUCUUGUUUACAUUGCCAUUUCAACCGACGCAAGUGGUAGACAGACCACGAAGGAGACUCAGGACCCCAUUGCCAUUUUCCAAGGAGAAUGUGUGCACGACAUGCACACUUACUUCCAACAGCAAGAUUCCAACCCUCUUGUCGAAAUUCAUCUCUGCGUCCGUUCUCUCCUCCUCCUUUGUCUCCAAGACAUCAACAACGACAAUGAGCUAAAGGGAACCAUAACCAACGUGGUUACGAAGUGGAGUGUUGGCAACACCAGCAUCAAGUUCUACUUCCUUCGCAAGGGAGUCCCGACCAACCGCAACCGCUUUCAGAAUUUCGUAGAGAAAGACUUGAUGCGAGCGGCUGAAGGACUGCGGGGGACAUACUGGUGUUCCUGGCACUUCCUCGUUGUCAACUUCUGA